AUGGUAAUGGAAGUUCAAGUUCAAGUUAUUUCAAAAGAGAGCAUCAAACCAUCGUCCCCUACACCACAUCACCUCAGGACCUUCAAGCUUUCUCUCUUGGAUCAGCUCAUUCCUGCUCCUUAUGCUCCUAUUAUCCUCUUUUAUCCCAAUUACCAUGGUGAUACCCACCUUGAGGUUGCCAAAAGAUUAGUACCGCUAAAGCAAUCUUUAUCAGAAACUCUGACUCGCUUUUACCCACUUGCUGGAACGAUCAACGACGACCUUUCCAUUGAUUGUAAUGACGAAGGAGCUUAUUAUGCCACAGCGCAAGUUAAUAGUCGUAUCUCUGAUUUUCUGAACAAUCCUGACCUCAAAUUGAUUCAUCAAUUCCUUCCCUGUGAAACCAGUUUCAAUGGAUCAACUGCAGGAACUCGUGUCACUAAUAUUCAAAUAAACGUUUUUGAAUGCGGUGGAGUCGCAAUUGGUAUGUGCAUUUCUCAUAAAGUUCUUGAUGGAUCUGCACUGAGCACUUUUCUAAAAGGGUGGGCUGGCACAGCCUGUGGGUCUGAGGUUGUGUAUCCCAAUUUUAUUGCAACUUCUCUCUUCCCCACCAAUGAUUUAUGGCUCAGAGACUCAUCAAUAGCUAUGUGGGGUUCUUUGUUCAAAAUGGGCAAGUCUAUUACAAGGAGAAUUGUAUUCGAGGCCGAGGCAAUAGCCACUCUAAAGGCCAAGGCAACUUGCUCAAGUGUUCGAGACCCAACCCGAGUCGAGGUGGUCUCAGCUUUUCUAUGGCAAUGCACCAUGGCUGCCUCAGCAGAGAAAUGUGGUGUUAAGAGGCCUUCUCUGCUGACACACGUGGUGAACCUGCGCAAAAGAUCGAUCCCAGCUCUGUCGGAAUAUUCACUCGGUAACCUCAUAUGGAUAGCAAGUGCAAAAUGCAAGGCUACAUAUGAAGUGGGAUUGCAGGCCUUGGUGGAUCAGGUAAGGCAAGGUAUAUCAAAAAUCAGUGGUGAGUUUGUGAAAAAACUAAGAGGAGAUGAAGGGUCUACUGUAAUGCAUAAAUCUCUCGAAGAGAUAGGAGAGUUUGGGUCCAAAGAUGGAGUGGAUUACUUUGGAUUUACAAGUUGGUGUAAUUUUGGUUUCUAUGAAGCAGAUUUUGGGUGGGGGAAGCCUAUAUGGGUUAGUAGUAUUGGGUCAGGUGGUGCAGUGUACAUGAAUCUCACAGUUCUGAUGGAUACAAAAUGUGGGGGUGGAAUAGAAGCUUGGGUGACCUUGGAUGAACAAGAAAUGGAGAUAUUAGAAAGUAAUCAAGAGCUCUUGGCAUUAGCUUCUGUGGAUCCAAGCCCUCCACAGCUUGUUGUCUAG